AUGGCGCGCGCGAUCCUCAAGCUCCCGCUCGAGGAGCCCGUCGCGACCGUCCUCACCGGCCCGGUCAUCCGGCAGUUCGACGCCGACCCCCGGCAGGUCACGGCGCUGCUCUCGCACCUGUCGAUGAGCGACCCGCGCGAGGUCGGCGCCCGGCGCGCCCAGGACGUGCUGUCGGAGCUGGAGCGCGCAGGCGCGGCGUGCGCGUCGUCGCCGCACGUGUGCACGCGGGUCAUGUCCAUCCUCAACCGCUCCAACAUGGGCCGCGCGUCGCUCGCCCUGUUCGCGCGCAAGCUGAUGGCCGGCGCCAAGCUGGAUCGCGUCGCGUUCAACACUGCUAUCUCGGCGGCGGCGGGGAUGGAGGACGCGGGCAGGGCGGAGGAGGUGUAUCGACGCAUGCUGGCCGCGGGCAUCCGGCCGGACACGUUCACGUACUCCGCGCUGAUCAGCGCGUGCGAGCUGGACUGGCAGCGCGCGGUGCGGCUGUUCCGGGAGAUGCCCGAGCGCGGGGUGGAGCCGAACGUGGUGGUCUUCACGUCGCUGAUGACGGUGCUGCAGCGCGCGGGGCAGCCCGCGCAGGCGCUGGCGAUUUUCCAGGAGAUGGAGGCGUCGGGCGUGCAGCCGGACGUCAUCGCGUACAACGCGCUGAUCGCGGCGUGGGCGAGGACGGGGGAGUGGGAGCGGGCGUGGGGGGCGCUGGCGGCGAUGAAGCGGGAGGGCAUGCAGCCCGACACGGUGACGUAUAACUCGCUGCUGGCGGCCUGCGAGCGCGGCGGGCAGGUCGAGCGGGCGUUCGAGAUCUACGACCGCAUGUGCCGCGAGGGGGGGCGGACGUACGGGCUCGUGCAGCCGAACCUGAUCACGUUCAACACUCUGAUUGCUGCGUGUGCCAAGUCGCCCGAGUGGUCGGAGCGCGCCCUGGAGCUGCUCGAGCAGAUGCGGGAGGAGGGCCACGCGCCUGACGAGGUGACGCUGGCGUCGGUGCUCACGGUGCUCGCGGACUCGGGGCGGUGGGAGAUGGCGGAGGAGAUGUUUCGGACGCUGACGGCGGAGGGCGUGCGGCCGAACACGUGGUGCUACAACUCGUAUAUCAACGCGCUCUCAACAGGUGGCCACUGGCAGCGCGCGCUGUUGGUGCUGGACGACAUGCAGCGCAACGAGGGGGCGCACGCCGCGCCCGACACGAUCACGUUCUCCUCGGUGAUCCAGGCGUGCGCGCGCGGGGGCGCGAAGACGCAGGCCCUCGCGCUCCUCGAGCGCAUGAAGCAACAGGGCAUUGAGCCGAACGCGGUGACGUACAUGAACGUGGUGAGUGCCUGCGAGGACGACCAGGACUGGCGCACGGCGGUGAAGCUGUUCGAGGAGAUGCGGUCGCGCGGCGUCGCGAUGGAGGGCGUGGGGAUGGUGGCGCGGAGGAUCGUGUACGGGUGGCCGGGCCUGAUGGACCAGCUGCCGGGGUGGCUGGUGCUGGCGGUGCGCGGGGCGGUCAACUCGGGACGCGCUGCGCGCCGGUGGGUCGAGUCGGGCAGGUAG